GCGAGCAGCGCCGCCAGCCACCGCGACUGGCGCUCGGCUCUCCGGCUCCAGCUCCCGCGCAGCCUGUUGCUCGGUCCUCCGGGCCGCCGCUUCCCGCCCGGGGCCCGGGGCCAGGCGGCCCGAGGGGUGUCGGCGCUCGGGCGGCCCCCCGCCUUCCCCUCUCCCCGCGCGCGGCUGGACCCCAGCAUCACCGGGAGCGCGGGCGCCGGCCAGCCUCCCCGUGCGCCCCGGCCCGCGCGCACAGACCCUAGGCGCCGAGCCGCGAUGAACGCGACCUUCCUGAACCACAGCGGCCUGGAGGCGGCGGGCGGCUUGGGCGGCGGCGGCGGGGCCACCCUUGGGAACCGCAGCCACGGGCUGGGCACGUGGCUGGGCUGCUGCCCCGGGGGCGCGCCGCUGGCAGCCAGCGACGGGGUCCCCGCGGGGCUGGCGCCCGACGAGCGCAGCCUGUGGGUGUCGCGCGUGGCGCAGAUCGCUGUGCUCUGCGUGCUGUCGCUCACCGUGGUCUUCGGCGUGUUCUUCCUGGGCUGCAACCUGCUCAUCAAGUCGGAGAGCAUGAUCAACUUUCUAGUGCAGGAGCGCCGGCCCUCCAAGGACGUGGGCGCCGCCAUCCUGGGGCUGUACUGAGGCCACCCUGGCCCGCCCCCACCAGCCCGGCCGCAAGCGGACGAGAAGGGGGACGCGGACCUUCGUGCCCCGCCGGGGCUCUGCCGCCGCCGCCCAGCGCUCGGCGCGAGGAUCAGCAACUGGUCUCGGGGCGCCCCGGUCAGGGGACACCGCGGGACUCGGGGCGGUGGCGCGGGAAGGGACUUCCACACCCGGCUCGGUCCAGCGUGCGCCUCAGCGUGGCCGGGUGGGAGAGGUCGUGGGAGGCUGCUUGGGGCUGAGGUCACGUGCGUGGGAGUUGUGUGUACGUGGACGCGGCGGCGUGCGGGUGAGUUGCGGGGCGGGGAAAGUUGAUGAAUCUGAAGCCCUGAGCUUGUUGGCUGGAUUUUGCAUUUGAAAAAAACCGUUGUAAUAAAACUGUUGCCGUCGGGCUUCCA